CAACGGCAGGAACGGCUUGCGAUUGUCGGCAUUGGAUCAAUGCCUUCACUUCAUAUGGCCACUGUCUUUGGGAAGCAGCCAUGAUACCAUAGUCUUACCAUGCUCAUGGUCGCUUUGGUUGGGCAGCCUUCUGCGCUGGCGCAGCAAUGGCAUGGUCAUGUUAGCUGUCCAGGCAUGCUCUUGGUUAUUCUGCGAUGGCGAACCCCAUUGCUUGAGAGCAUGUCCUGGCUGUCUGAUAUGGCCGACGUUGGUUCGCACGGAUAGAUACAGACAAAGUUGUUAUUGUCACCGUUGCUGUUCCACUCCGUUUUCUCAGUCUCUACCCACUA